UACAAGCUCUUCGCUCAUUCUUACUUUCGGGUUCUCAGGCAACAUCUUAUAUUCUUCAUCUUCUACUACUACCUUCACUUCUAAUCUCCCCUUCUACCCACAAGCCAACCCAUAAAGAAAGUCAAGAUGCGUGUCUCUGCCAUUGCAAUGCUUGCGGCUGUUGCCGUCGCCGCCCCCGUUGCGGACUACAAGCACAAGGACACCCUCAGCGUUGACGCCGCGGCCAAGGUCGCUGCCGCCCUCAAGCUCAACGCCCGCAGCUACGAGAGCUACUCCGACGAGGACCUCCUCAAGCUCACUGCUCUCCUCAAGGCUGGCCUCAAGGUCAACGCCCGUGACGCUGCCUACUCCAACAAGGACCUCCUCAAAAUCAACGCCCUGUUGAAGGCCAACGCCAAGGUCAACGUUCGUGGCAACUACGGCAACCCAUCAUACGGCUACGGCUCCAAGUCCGGCGGCCUCAUCAAGGGCGGCCUCGUCGCGAACCUCGGCCUCACCCUCGGUGCCGUUGUCGACAGCGUCCUCCACCUCGGUGCUGAGGUCCUCGCCGACCUCGGCCUCACCGUCAAGGCUCUCCUCGACCUCGAUGCCAAGCUCAAGGCCGACCUCGAGGUCUCCCUGGAUGCUCUCCUCGACAUCUCCGCUGACCUCGCCCUCAAGGCCGGCGCCUCCCUCGCGGCCCUCCUCGACCUGAACGCCAAGAUCGCUGUUCAGCUCGGCCUCGACGUUGACGCUCUCCUCAAGCUCAACCUUUCCCUCAUCGCCAAGCUCGGCUUGAACCUCGAUGCCCUCCUCGACCUCGACCUCUCCAUCAAGGCCAACGUUGACGCCGAUGUCUCCGUCUACGCCAAGCUUGCUGCUACCCUUGAUGCCCAGGCCAAGGUUGCCGCUGACCUUGCCGCCAGCGCUUCCGCUGACGUCGACCUUGCCGCCAAGGCCAAGGUUGCCGCCGACCUCGCCGUCAAGGCCAAGCUGGUCGCCGACCUCAGCCUCAAGGCCCAGGUUGCCCUCGGUCUCUCCCUCGGUGCUAAGGCCAACGCCGACCUUGCCGCCAAGCUCAACGUCUCCCUCGACCUCUGCCUCAAGGCCAAGUUGGAGCUGAACGCUGCCCUCAAGGCCAAGAUCGCCGCCGACCUCGCCGCUAAGGUCAAGGCUGACGCCGAUGUUGCCGCCAAGACCAACAUCUCUGCCGACCUCGCUGUCAAGGCCAAGGCUGCCCUCGACCUGUCCGUUGCCGCCUCCGCUGACCUCGACCUUGCUGCUAAGGCCAAGGUUGCCGCUGACCUCGCCGCCAAGGCCAAGCUCGACCUCGAUGCCGCUGUCAAGGUCCAGCUCGCCCUCGCUGCCGUUGUCAAGGCCAACCUUGACUUGAACGUCUCCCUCAACGCCAACGCUGACAUCACCCUCGGUGCCGGCGAGUCUGUCCCCUACGGCUACCAGUACAAGAACGGCGCCCUCAUCGAUGUCAACGCCAGCGUUGAGGUCAAGAUCGCCCUUCUCCACAUCAUCAGCAUCUGCCUCGACCUCGACGUCGAUGUCGAUGUCAACGCCGCCCUCACCGGCGAGGCCGCCAAGAUCAAGGCUUUCCUCAACGCCCGCCUCUCUGCCCAGGCCAAGCUUGCCCUCCACGCCUCCUUGAGCGCCGACGUCAGCGCCGCCGUCAAGGCCUCCGCCAACGUCAAGAGCACCAUCUCCGCCGAUGCCCUCGCCAAGCUCGGCCUCAAGGUCAACGCCCGUGACUACUACGGUCACUCCAGCGGCAGCCUCAUCGACGCUGACGUUCUCGCCAAGCUCGGCCUCAAGGUCAACGCCCGUGACUACUACAGCUCCUCCAACGGCGACCUCAUUGACGCUGACGUCCUUGCCAAGCUCGGCCUCACCGUCGAGGACCUCCUCAACCUGAAGGCCCUCGUCAAGGUCAACGCCAACGUUGCCCGCGACUACUACGGCUCAUCCAACGGUGACCUCAUCGACGCCGACGUCCUUGCCAAGCUCGGCCUCACCGUCGAGGACCUCCUCAACCUGAAGGCCCUCGUCAAGGUCAACGCCAACGUUGCCCGCGACUACUACGGCUCAUCCAACGGUGACCUUCUCGACCUUGACGUUCUUGCCAAGCUCGGCCUCACCGUCGAGGACCUCCUCAACCUGAAGGCCCUCGUCAAGGCCAACCGAUGUCAACCUUUAAAUGUUUCAACACAUCUGAGUUCCAUCAGUGUCUUUGUCAUGAUCAUUUAUGAGGAUGCUUCGCUGGUACGGUGCAUUAGAGUCACUCAUUUCCUUUACGUCUAACCCGACAUUGGUCUGUUCCGACCAACUUGUUCCAUGCAUUUGUCAUUUUAGCUUUUGAGCGUUCUUUGUUUCUACCUACGACCCAAAGGUCUUUUUCACGAACGGCUUGCCGAUCCAUCUUUUUCUCGGAAGAUCUCGACUGCCUGCAUCGGCGUUGAGUGAUGGGAGGAAUGAUACCAAAACUUAUUUA